CCAAACCCGUAGGGUGAAGGAGUUGUGGUAGGAGCUCCCUCAGCGAGGAGCCGCCCUCCGCCGCCUCCUCCCCGGCGGGAAGGGGAAGGGCGCCGAGCCCCACCGCCGCCCAGCCCCGGCGGCAACGCCCACGGCGGAGCUGGAAGAAGAAGAAGAAGAAGAGGAGGAGGAGGAGGAGGAGGAGGAGGAAGGCUGUGGCGAUGCUGGGGCGGGCGCUGCGGAGCGGCGAGCGGCGCCGCCGGCUGCUGGCGGGGGGCUUGGCGCCCAUGCCCGCGCCUCAGAAAGGCGAAAGGAGGGAGAGGUUCUCUGCAUGUGCCUUGUCUUCAGCCAGGACGCUGCAGGUGCAGCUCUGGAGGCAAACCAGGACCUGGGCGCGCCGGGAAGGAGCCCGCUACAGCACGCUGGUGCCAUCUGAUGAAGUGACUAUUAAUUACAGGCAUGGUCUUCCCGUGAUAACGCUGACGUUGCCCACCAGAAGGGAACGCUGCCAGUUCGCUGUGAAACCCAUGGUAGCGACCGUGGGGGCAUUCCUGAAAGACGUACAGAGAGAAGAUAAAGGAAUUGUGAAAGCAGAAGUCUUCACAACAGAUGGUAGCAAGGUUUCUGAUGCAACCUUGAUGGAGGUCUUACUGAGGAAUGACUUUAAGCUUCUUAUCAACGGCACAGCGUACAGCGUGUCACCUCCUGUAAAAGAUAAGCUGAGUAGUGAGCAUGCUACUGAAAUGGAAGAUGUCAAAUCCUUGAUUCACAGACUGUUCGUGGCUCUGCAUUUAGAAGAUCACCAGAUCAGGAAGGAGAGAGAAUUGCUGCAGAAACUGGACCAUCUGAAGGAACAGCUGAUGCCUCUUGAACAGAUGAAAGCCAAAAUCAUGGACAGUGCAGACGCAAAGACCUCCAGGCUUCUGUGGGUUGGCUUAGCUCUGAUGUCAACACAAGGCGGAGCGCUGGCAUGGCUCACGUGGUGGGUCUACUCCUGGGACAUCAUGGAGCCAGUCACGUACUUCAUCACUUACGGGAGUGCCAUGGCUUUCUAUGCCUACUUUGUUCUUACUAAACAGGACUACCUUUACCCUGAUGUUAAGGACAGGCAGUUCCUCCACUACUUCUACCGGAAAUCUAAAGCCAAGCGUUUCAAUGUCGAACAGUACAACAAACUAAAAGAAGACGUAGCAGAGGCAGAAGAAUCCCUGAGGCGUCUACGCCAACCUCUGCACCUGAGACUUCCAAUCCAGGAGAUUACUAACAAGGACUGACGUUGUUUUGGUAUACGUUAGAAUUGUCCUUUCAAACCUGAUGUGAACGUUUAGUUACUGUAUAGAAACUGGAUAUUUUUGACCACUAUAGUUUUGAAAAUUACAAUAAAUAUCUAUAAAAAUGA